AUGACUGAACUGAUGCGGCGCACUGCGAAUAUCACCAUGCAACUCCUUCGUUUCAUUAGGACAAGUGAUUCAUAUCGAUGGCAUUUCAAUUGGGCACCAGCCUAUUCUGCAACUAUGCUCACAUUUCUCGCUAUGUUUGCCUUACAUGUAUCACGCAAGUGGCCUCAGUUGAUCGACAGAUCGACUUUGAUGCAAGAUCUGAAUCCCGUGCUUCGAAUGCUGGACAAUUAUUCUUAUAUUGACAAUAUUGCUGAUCAGCUACGGGAUGUUGUAAGGCAAUCUUCCCAGGAUCUUGCUGUUGGCGAAGAGCCCUCGAACGGCAUAUACAACCAAGACGAGGGAAAUGCGCACACUGUUGAUGUUGAUGCACGAAGCUUCAAUGCUGGGGAGAGUUUUAUUGACUUCGAAGACGUGGACUAUUUUCUCACUACUGGUUAUCUGGAAAAUUGGUCAUUCCUUGAACAGGGCGAUCAAUUUGCAAAAUCGAGCAUGUGGAGGCAUAACAGCGCCCAAUAA